AUGGGGAAGGUUACGAGGAAGCCACAAGAGAAGCACAAAGUCUCCCUGUCGCCUGCCGUAUCAGACCUGGUCAAGAAGAUCUCCACCGUUCCUUUGGCAGAAUUGCCAGCCCUUUUCAGCGGCUGGUCGCAGAGAUGGCCUUACCCUCGAGGUGACCUGAAUAACUGGAUAGAACCUCUUGAUCGGUUUGACAGCAUACUGGGAGAUUUUAAUGCGAAAUAUGGGCUGGACAAAGGUCCCCAGACCAUACCGUUCGGUGUCUCGUUACUCUUGGAAGGAAGUCCCGGAGUCGAUGAAAAGCGUCUCAAAGAGCUAGGUUUCGGUCCGGAAGGCGACAGAGAGCUGGUGGAGGCAGUCUUGGUGUUUUCCAAAUUGCUCGUGGAGAAAUGUGCCAACCGCGCAGUCUACAACAGCACUGAUCGGUUGAACGACCUUCUCAACACCACCUCCUUGUCUUUGCUGCACAGCACGCUGCGCAUCACUUUCUACCUCGCCCAGAGAUAUGCGGAGCGUACACCGCCUUCACGCCAACACACCACGAAGUUCUACGACUUCGAUCAUGAACGUCUUCAGCGCCUUGCUGCUCCCUUCGGACAACCUAUCAGUCUGCUUGCCAAGCGAGGAGCCACAUCCCCUGUCAAGACUACCAAGUCGAAAGAAAAGCCACCUCACGCGAACAAGGCUAGACGGGGAUCCUCUGCUGUGAACCCGAAUGAUUUCCGCUCUCUUUGCAAAGAUACAUCCUCACAGGGGGACCGCGGAAAGUCAACAGCUACACCGGAUCGAGAUUGGAUGACAUGGGCACAUGUACGAGUCUCCUGGUCUCCAGCAGGUGCGGGACAGAAGUCUGCUCCUGGCGAAACAUCCCAGACUUCCGAACCGCCGCCAACCCCGACGCCAACCAGACAGUCUCCUUCCGGGCUAGGCAGAAUUGACGCUAUAAGCUCGCCGACUGGAAGCAUAAGUCGAGCGGCCGCGGCAAUAGAUGGAGGCGAAGUGAGAUACAUUGAGUAUGGUCCUGGAGACUUGACCGAUACUACGAUUGAGUCGAUAUUGCGAAGUCAGCCUGAUGAUCUGCCGCCGAAGACUCGAUAUGAGCUGCUGCACCAGCUUCGUAUCGCCUACGGCCUCAUGACGUCGGUCAAGACGCGAAAGGAGCUGUUGGCUGUGCGACUCCUGGCCAUUUCUAGCCUAGCAAACGUGUUUAACGAGCCCGAGCUUUCGCAGAAGUUGUUCCCCACCGAGUCAGGAGGUCCCAAACCUCACGAUCUUGUCCAACAAAUUGUCGCCCUGAUACAUGACGCCAAGAAAGCACAAUCAUCAGUGUCUCUGUAUCUUCAGACACUUGCGAUGGAUGCAAUAGGGGUACUCGCACGGUUGAAGACAUUUGCACCAGACAUCAAUGCUGCCCUAGGGGCGGGAUCGAGUCAAGGCCUUCUUUCUCAGUUGAUCCAGAAAGGAUUGAAUGACAUAGGGAAGGACAAUGACAGCACCGACACUCCAACUGGUGACGACUGGAGAGAGGCCGUUUUCUCGAUGCCAGCGACUCUUAUUGAAGCCACGGGCCAUCAUGGUCGUUCUAGUGAGGCAGUAAUCGCGUCCACUUUCCUCACUUCGUAUCUGUCAGGCUUCAACAUCACCACCGGUAAGGCACUGCGGGUUCAUUUGCGCAUGCUCGACUUCAUCAAGACGUUCUUCCAUCACUUCAAGGAUGGAUUGGCUACCAUGUUAGCAAACAGCGCAUUCGAGGCAAUAAGCAAUCUUCUCAACACCUUAGUAACCAGUGCAUGGACUCUGCUACAAGCUGGUGAUGGAAUUCCAGCACAAUACAAGACUCGCGCUACGGACUACGAAAUUCCAUAUGUGCACCAACAAAUCAUCCGGUCUAUUAUUGAUAUGAUCAAUGAUAUUAGCGGCCAUCAAGGACCGCAAGCUGAUCGGGUGCUGAGGAGUCUGGUCGACUCUCAGGCCUUGCUUCGAGCAUUCCGUGUCAUCGUUGACCACCUAUCUGCAUUCGGUGCGCAUACCUGGAGUGAGCUUGUAAAGGCAGUCGGUGGGUUCCUUCAUAACGAGCCUACCAGCUACACGGUCAUAUCUGAAGCCGGGAUUGUGCAAAGCCUGCUCAGCACUGUCACUGCUUCGCAGGGCGACUCCACCCAGAGACAUUCGAAGUCGGUAUCAUCAGAGCCUGAGAAUCUGCCGCAGGGCAUUCCUCCCGUCGUCGACGCCAUCAUCCAGGUUGCCCAGAUCUUCAGUGCCAUCUGCCUUACAAAUGCAGGGUUCGAACUUUUCAAGGCUUCCGGUGCCUUGGAGAAGUACUUUGAAAUGUUCGAAUCACCUGCCCAUGUCAAAGUGUUGAACGACGCAAACAUCCUAUCACAUUUAGGCUCGACUUUUGACGAAUUCGUGAGACAUCACCCAAACCUGCGCAAUCUCGUCUUGAGCGCAGUGAUAGUCAUGAUAGCUCGGAUCCGGCAUAUCAGCAGGUCGCUCGCUGUCGAUUUUGGAGCUGGACCGAAGCUGUGGCUGGGUUCGGGCGAUGAGCUUGUCCCUUGCGGCGGACGCGAAAGUCUCACUCUUGAGAUAUUACCUCCUCCCGCCACGAGCUUUGAUGAAUCCACAAGUCCGAGGACGAUCGACUUGCCCAACGGCAAGAAGCUCACUCUAAUGGCCGAAGUCCUGCCACCGAGCAAUGUUUCCGGGAAUGCAAGCGAUCAGGACAGCCAUGGUCUGAAAGCCAAUGACUACGCAAGACCCGCCAUUGCCUUUUUGGUCGCUUUCUUCGAGAAUCAAUCUCUUUGUACCAGCUUUCUUGAUUAUGGAGGCUGUGACCUGGUCCUUGACUUCAUCACUCUACCGAGUUUGCCAGUCGCAAAUGAGCCCUUUGACCGACCCGAUGGCAUGCUUUCUGAACUCGCGGCGGCUGUUCAUAUGAUGGCGGAGACCAAGCCUCACUUAGUCCUACCCGCCCUUGUGGAUCGCGCGCAAUUCGCUUGCUCAGAGUUGAAGCAGUUCAGCCAGUCCCAGCCGACGAAUUGGACGAGUUACUUCGCACCUCUGGUUAAAGCUGACGCCACAUCUGAGGGCCCGGCACCUACUGUCCACAAAGUUACCGCUAACGGCACCCGGGUGGUAAAAGCCAUGAUGGCUGUCUUCUGUCUAGCCCAAGUUCUAGCCGAGGUCUUCAAUGUUCCGAUGUACAGUACCAGGUCGUCACAAAACUAUCUCUUCGGCCUUGUAAACCUUGCGGAUGUUUUGGCGGAUGUGUGCAAGAUGAUGGGUGGAAUUUCGGCCGCCUGCUAUCGAGAAGACAUCGCCAUACAACGAUCAAUACCUGACCCUUGGAUCUCAGCAACGCGGCCUGAACACUUUUCCACUGGUGAUGAAGAAGUUGACAAGGUCCUUAGUGUUCAAGACAGCAAUGCACGCCCGAAUUCGGAGGUGAACGCUGGGGACUCAGCCAUGGACACGACAUCCGAGUCUGUGACUGCUGACUUGGACAGUGACAAAAAGAACCCUUUCUUUCAGAAUGCGCGCGUACUUCGAUAUCUUUCGGUCGAGACGCCGGCUGCUAUCACCGAGUUUCUCUGCCGGCUUGGGCGCGGCCUUGCCGGCCGUCGACGCCCAGACACUUUCGCACGACAGAAGGCCACUCUUGUUGCAGACGCUCUUGCAUCGGCGUACCUGACUCCGCUCGAGCCAUAUUUCCUUACCUCGAGCGAUGCACCACGAGACUGUGAAUCUCGUUUCACCUACCUGGUUAUCGCCCUCGACAAUGUGCGUCGCAGCUUCUAUGAUGAUAGUCACCCAUCAUCGGGGCCAAUGCUCAGUCCCGCCAGACAGAGUUUUGUUGUGGAGUCGUUUCGAAAAGCCGGCGGAGUGAAGAUGCUAGCAAAGAUUGGGACACAAUUCUUCGAAAAGCUGAAGUCGUGCGAGGUGGAACAUUCAACAUUCUCUGCCAAUACUGGUCUCAAAAUCUGUCUAGACAUCUUGGAUCAAUUCACAGAUUCGAAGUGCAUCAUGGAAUCCUUGCAAGCCAACAUCCUGAGAAACAAUGAUCCGACGAAGCCGUUCUACUUCAAUCCGGCGCAAACGCUGCUAAGUCUCCGAAUGGAAGCGCUACCACUGACCCGUUUGAUCUGGGAGAGCGAAUACGCGGACCAAGCGUCCAAAGACGUUGUGCAAAAGCUGGUAUCUAUUCUCAAACACGUUUUUACCGGCGACCACGAGAGUGAAGCCGUACAGAACGAUGAGCAUCAACCCCCAAUGUCGUCAUUUUCGCCGAGAAGAAUGGUAAUUGAUGCUCAAAAGGUUGCUUUGCUCAAAGACACAGGCUACGAAGAAGAUCUUGCACGUGAAGCUCUGUACCGCACGAAUUCACAAGCGACAAGCAGUCUCGCAGGGGCUGAGGAGUAUUGCAAAGCCAUGACCUCCAAUCCACGACGAAGACGCCUGCCUAUCCCGGAUAGAGAGGCCGACGUUACAAUCACCUCUCGCGCUACACCGGGACUGACGAGUCCCCAAACGGCUUCGAACUCACUGACGAAUGCGCUCUCGGGAUCCCCAUCAGGUGGUGCUAUUGCAGCUGCACUUGCUGAUGUGGUAAACAAUGCUGCUGAUGACAGUUCCAUGGAAGGGGUCACCGGUCCGGAUCAUCAAACAUCGGGCAGUCCCAGACAUCCAGACAGCACUGCGCAUGACGCAGUCAGUGCCGAGGGUGAGCAUCAGCCUGCAUCCGAAGCUUCUCGGCAAGAACCGCCGGCUUCGUAUUCCGUCGAGUCCAUCACAGCAGAGAGGACGAUAAUUCGAGAGGAUUUAGCGGAUCGCUGCAACAAUAUCCUCAACAACCACCAAAAUCUGACCUUUGAGCUCUCAGACCUCAUCAUCAGUGCAACCAAGAAACUGCCCGAAGACGCCGCCAAGGAUUACUGGAGGACGACCUCAGAUCUUUUGGUCAGCUCGUUGUUAUCCAUGCAAGUUGAGGAUGAUAUCAACGAGGCGCGAGGGAAGAAGAUUGGUGCUUCCGCGCACCUUGUCGCUCUGCUCAUUCAAGAUGGCGAGGUUUUCAAGGAAACACUGAGCAUAUAUCAAGAGGCCUUUGAUGGACUCCUAUCCUUUCUACGACUGCCAGCUGCCGAUGGACGCUCUGCGCAGGAGUCAUUUCCCUGGAUUGCCCCUGUCCUGCUCAUUGUUGAAAAGAUGCUGUCGAAGGAUUGUGAACCCGCAGAAGUCAAAUGGACGCCUCCCAACGAUCUCGACACUGUGAGCAAGGCAGAGCUCAUUUCUUUCUCCGUCCUCGACUUGUCGGCGAAGUUAGAACUAUUCGAGACCCUUAUCAAUCUGCUACCGCGUGUUGGCAAAGACAAGCUGAUGGCUUUGGCCAUCACAAGAGUCCUAGUCAUUCUUACACGAGAGCGGGACGUUGCCUCGCGUCUCGCCGAGAGACGGAAUCUGCAAAGACUCUUCCUGAUGAUCAAACAGCUGGCGAACAACGUCGGUCACCGACUUCAGAGCUCUUUCAUGAUUGUCCUUCGACACAUCGUGGAGGACGUGGAAAUCCAGAAGCAAAUCAUGCGCAGCGAGAUCAAGGCAUUCUUCAACUUGCGCAGCUCUUCACGACAAAUCGAUAUCACGACGUACCUGCGCGAGAUGUAUCAUCUUGUUCUUCGCUCCCCGGACACUUUCGUUGAGGUCACGAAUGAGCUGGUCAAGCUUUCGGGGUGGUUGCCGCCACAUCACCACGGGAGUGCCGCCGGCCUUGUACUAAAGGAAACUGCCGAAUCCAAGCCAGAUGGCGUCGGCCACAGCGGACAUGCUAGUCCGAAUGGCGAAAGUGACGACGUGACGAUGCAACCAACCACCAGUGUUGAGCCCCCAGAUCAUGCCGUGGGAGACAUUGGCAAGAGCAAGGCUUCUGAAAUAAAGGCUCCGGUUGUGGAGCAUCCUGACGGUGUUAUUCACUUCAUUCUUUCAGAACUUUUGAAUUACAAAGAUGUCGACGACAAGGACGCCACUGCUGAGUCGUCGUCGACAACAGGUGCAAGCGGGGCAACCGACACAGCCCAAGGAGACUCGCUACGUCCAAGUGAGGAUGCUGGUACUACUUCUCUGGAACAGCCCGGAUCAGAGAAGGGCAAGUUCAAACCUGACGAGCAUCCGAUCUUCGCCUAUAGGUGCUUCCUUAUGUACAGCCUGACGGAGCUUUUGCACUCAUACAACCGCACCAAGUUUGAGCUUAUCAAUUUCUCUCGCAAGGCCGACCCUAUGGCUGUAACACCAUCAAAGCCUCGGGCGGGUGUUCUAAACUAUCUUUUGAAUGGCUUGAUUCCAUCUGGAUACAUUGACAAGGAAGACACUGCACAAUUCAAGAAAAAGGUGCUAACAAGCGACUGGGCCAUCCGAGUUGUUGUUGCCUUGUGUUCCAAAACCGGCGAAAUGGGGAUGACCGGCUCAUCUUCGCGGUUUCCGUCACAUCCGCAGGUUGACGAUACCGACGAUGAGCCAGACCUCACUUUCGUGCGUCGCUUCGUCUUGGAGCAUGCUAUCAAGUCCUAUAAAGACGCGUUCUCCUCAACCGAGCCAGUCCAAAUGAAAUACAGUCGUCUGCUCUGCCUUGCAGAUUUGUUCAACCGACUUCUGUCGAAGCCAGCCGUAGCUGAAGGUUCGGCUGGGUCCCAGAACACAUCCUACAAGGUGCUUGCUCGAAUGAUGUUCGAGAAAAAUCUGACGCAGGUCCUGACAAGUUCCCUGGCUGAUAUCGAUUUGUCGUAUCCUGGGUCAAAGAGAGUCGUCAAAUUUAUUCUUCGGCCUUUACAAGAACUCACCAGUCUAGCCGCCCACCUCAGUCUAACUUCACCCGAUUUUUUGAACUCCGUCGCCGGAAACAUGUCCGAUGACGUGAUCUCGUCUGCCUCGUCCGUUUCUGAUGUCGAGGACGAUCGCGAAGACACUCCUGACCUCUUCCGAAACUCUGCUCUCGGCAUACUUGAUCGUAACAGAGAGUCUGAGUCCUCUUCUGCUUCAGAGGAAGAAGACGAGGACGAGGAAAUGUACGAUGAAGAGUACGAAGACGAAAUGGAGUAUGACGAAGGAGUUGUUCCUGCAGCCCCUGACGAUGAGGCUGUGAGCGACGAAGAGAUUGAUGAGGAGAUGGCUGCCGACGGCGACAUCGAGGGCCUUCCCGGCGAUGUUCCCAUGGAUAUCGAAUUCGUCAUGAACGAUCCUCAUAUGGACAUCGAUACCGAGGAUGACGAAGACGAUGAAGACGAUGAAGACGAUACCGAUGACGAGGACGACGAGGACGAUGAAGACGAAGACGAAGACGGCGAAGACUUCAUGGUUGAGGACGACGACGAAGCUGGCGAGAUCAAUGGGGACGAUGAGAACCACAGUCUCAACGGAGCACCAGAAGAUGAGGGCGAUUGGGAGGAUGAAGACGACCAUGAUGAUGAAGGAAGCGAGGAGCAGCAUGGCAUGGGUGGCAUGACUUUCAACGGCGACGAAAUGCCUCUCGAAGCUCAUGAUGACGGCGGGACUCCCGGCGUGCUCAGCAAUCUUCUCCGCGUUUUAGGCGACCAUGACUUAGACGGUCACGCCGGCUUACAUCACGUCCCCACCGAACUUAUCGUUCCUGCAGCCGGCUCCGGCGAUCGUGGUGAUGAAGAUGACGAAGAGGACGAUGACGAAGAGGGCGACGAGAUGGACGAAAAUGACGAGAUGGAUUAUGGCGAUUUCAACUUUGAUCACUUUCUCGCCGGAGGAGGUGCUAACGACCUUGACGACCAGGAUGAGCCCUUACUCUGGAACGAAAUUCCCAUCAUUCGUCGUCCUCGACACUUCCGCGCUCCAGGUGGCCAUUCGCCCAGUUUUGUUGGACGGCGGAUUGGGCAUCGGGAUGAAUUAAAUCCAAUGACCCGAGCAGGCCGGCUUCCGCAACAUGGCAGAUCCGCAGGCGAUGAUGGCAUGAACCCGCUGUUACGGAGACCUGAACAGCCACACGAUUCCCGUCAGCUAAGUAUCUCUGAAAUGAGUCCUGGUAUUUAUAUGCCCCCUGGAUUCGAUAACCUGACUGGCAUUGGUAACUUUCCUCCCAUUGGGGCUACGUUCCAGACCGUCAUCCGAAGUGGAGAUGCCUUUGAGACCGGGGGUCACGGUGCGAUGUUAGAUGCUAUCCUUCAGACGCUCCACCGGCGCGACCAAGGAGAGGGCCGAUUACAGUUCAGCAUGACGGCGCCGCUUUCCGAGAUACGCCAAGUGUUACGGCCAACCCUCUCGGGUAUCGGCCAUCGGCACCAUUCUCGCGACGAAUCUUCACGAUCUGGCAACUUUAUUCCAGCACUUACAAUCACACGAUGGCAAGAAGAGGCGCGACUGCUUUUUCCAAACGCACAUAUGGAGAAAACACAACGCGUCCAACUUCGGAUCAUGGCUGUCUUAGUGCCUCUUGCUCAGCGUGAGGAGAAAGAGCGGCGGCGCAAACGCGAAGAAGAGCAAAAGGCCGAACGCGAAGAAAUGGAGAGAGUCAGAUUGGAGGCAGAAAAGCAUAAGAAAGAGGCCGAGGAGCGCGAAGCGGCUGCGAAAGCGGAGGAGGAACGUAUACGAGCCGAAUCCGAGGCAGCAGCUGCCGAGAGCGGUGUAGUUCGCGAGUCUGCCGAGCAUGACGAUAGCGACACGGAACCGAUGGAAGAUAUCCAGGGUACCGACACUGCGGCCGCACAGGAAGCCCAAGAAAGUGCAGCCCCGGGCGGAGAUGCAGCAGGAGGACAAGCUCGCGUAUUCACCACAAUUCGGGGUCGUCAGAUCGAUAUCACUGGUCUCUCAAUCGAUCAGGAAUACCUUGAAGCGCUGCCAGAAGAGCUUCGAGAAGAGGUCAUCAUGCAACAAUACGCUACCCGACGUGAGCAAGCCCGCCAAGAAGGGAAUCAAUCUAGCGGCAUUGAUCCGGACUUCCUCGAUGCUCUCCCUGAGGAUAUUCGCGAAGAGAUACGACAACAAGAGGCACAUGCUCAACGCAGACGGGAGCGCGAAGCAUCACGCAGACAGACUGGCAAUACAGCCGCACGUCCUCAGCCAGAAGAUAUGGACGGUGACUCUAUCCUGGCCACCUUCGAGCCGAGUCUGCGUCGCGAGGUCCUUGCCGAGCAAACAGAAGAAAUUCUCAGUCAUCUGGAUCCACGACAUGCUGCGGAAGGUCGCGCACAUGCUCGACAUCUUUUCAGAUACACUCCUAUGGCCGACCGUGGAGCUCAGGACCCGCGUGGUGACGGUGACCUCCCUCAACGGGAGAACAAACGACAAAUCAUCCAGAUGGUUGACAAAUCUGGAGUUGCGACAUUAUUGCGUCUAAUGUUCAUCCCGCAACAAGGCUCUUUGCGGACAAAUCUUUGGCACAUACUUCGUAACAUCUGCGGGAACCGUCAGACUCGGUUUGAAGUCAUCAGCCUCCUGCUUAUUAUUCUCAAAGAAGGUUCCACCGAUGUGACGGCCGUUGAACGAAGCCUUGCCAAUUUAUCCCUACGCGCAAAAGCAGCAGUGGGGCAGAAAACUCCGCAACCUUUGAAGCGUACUCUUUCUAUGCAAGCGGUUGGAGGAAUCAGUGAAGAAGUUACUCCCCUUGUGGUUGUGCAACAGUGUCUUUCCGCCUUGAAACAGUUGUGCCAAAGCAGUAUCCAUACCAGAACCCUCUUCUUACGCGAAGUCGAUGUCAGCACAGCUUCGAGGAAAGGAAAAGGAAAAGGAAAGGAUUCCAGGGCGGUCAAAUAUCCUCUCAACGACCUGAUCAGCCUCCUUGAUAGGAAACUGAUAGUGGAGAGUUCAUCUUGCCUUCAAUCACUAGCAGAACUCUUGUCGGCUGUAACACAGCCUUUGCCAAUGUUACUACGCAAGGACAAAGAAAAGGUCCCUGACGAAGAAAAAGCUGUCGACCAUGACGCCGACACCCAAGCACGAGAAGCUUCUAGCUCUGCAAGGUCGGCUGACGUUGAGCAUACCACUGCUAGUCAGCGUGGUGUCAUUGGCGGUGAAACUUCAGCAGUCGCACUCAGUGCAGAUGCAGCUGACACGGCAACGAGCGAAACCCAGCAGGUCGAGAGUUCUGAGUCUGCCGCAAAGGCCCCUUCUGAUCACGGAAAUGACGACGUGAGCCUGGACGAUGCGAAAUCCAGGAAGACAUUUGAACCACCAGAGAUCUCGCAGCGCAAUCUGCAGCUUGUCGUAAGCAUAUUCGUCGCUCCAGAAUGCAACAGCGACACCUUCCACUCCACCUUGGAGACCCUAUCCAGUCUCUCUUGCAUUCCAGGAACAGCGGCCAUCUUCAGCCGAGAAUUGAUCGGCCACGUCAAGAAUCUCGCUCAAGCUAUCUCGGCUGACCUCGAUGAGUUGCUACCACACCUGAGAGACGCGCAGUCCAUUACAGAUCUUCACGCAAUCUCUUCUACAAAGUUCUCUCACGGGGGUUCUGAUCAGGUCAAGCUCUUGCGAGUUCUUCAGGCCCUUGAUUAUCUCUCAGCACCAAAACCGGACCGGGACGACAAUGACGAAAGCGCCGAGGUGAAGGACUCCUUGGCAGAUUCAUACGAGAGUCUCAAGCCUGUUUGGGCCAAGCUCAGUGAGUGCCUGAGCGUGGUUCGCGAGAAAGACAAUAUCACCGGCUUUGCGACGAUCCUGCUGCCACUGAUAGAGUCGUUGAUGGUCGUGUGCAAAAACACCUCACUCAAGGAACCGGCAAUGCCACGCCAGCCUAGAGAGCAAGGGUCAGGAAGUCCCGCACCCGAAGGCAUGGAUGAUCUCCAAGAACUCUUCUUCAACUUCACCACGGAACAUCGCAAGAUCCUCAACGAUAUCAUCCGGCAAACUCCGAAAUUGAUGCAAGGCAAUGGCAGUUUCAGUCUUCUGGUCAAGAACCCGAAAGUACUGGACUUUGAUAACAAGCGUGCCUAUUUUACCAAGCAAAUCCAUUCUCGUCUCCAUCAACAGCGACAUGUCCAGCCGCCAUUGACUUUGAACGUCCGUCGUGACCAAAUCUUCCUGGAUUCAUACAAGGCACUGUAUUACAAGACGGCCGAGGAGAUGAAAUAUGGCAAACUCAACAUCCGUUUCAACGGUGAGGAGGGCGUUGACGCCGGCGGUGUUACGAGGGAAUGGUUCCAGGUGCUUGCUCGAGGUAUGUUCAAUCCCGAUUGGGCAUUAUGGCAACCUGUUGCGGCCGAUCGCACGACGUUCCAUCCGAAUCCCCUCAGCUGGAUCAACGGCGAGCAUCUGCUCUAUUUCAAGUUCAUUGGCCGUAUCAUUGGAAAAGCAUUGCACGAAGGUCGCGUUCUUGAUUGCCACUUCAGCCGCGCCGUGUACAAACGCCUGCUUGGGAAGGAACCCAACCUUAAGGAUCUGGAGUCAAUGGAUCUCGACUACUACAAGAGUCUGUUGUGGAUUCUGGAAAAUGAUAUCACAGACGUCAUCACGGAGGACUUUUCAGUCAUCGAGGAGCAGUUCGGUGAAGAGAAGGUGGUUGAUCUUAUCCCUAAUGGGCGAAACAUCCCGGUGACCGAGGAGAAUAAGAGAGAAUAUGUCAAUGCACAGGUUCGCUAUCGGCUUACAACCUCGGUCAAGGAUCAGCUUGAGGCAUUCGUCCGUGGUUUCCACGACAUUAUCCCUGCCGAACUAAUCGCAAUAUUCGACGAGCAGGAGCUCGAACUUCUGAUAUCCGGGCUACCAGAAAUUGACGUCGACGAUUGGAAAGCGCAUACGGAGUAUCACAACUACAACGCCAACAGUCCUCAGGUCAUAUGGUUCUGGCGCGUCGUGCGGAACAUGAGCAAUGAGGAACGAGCAAAAUUGCUGCAAUUCGUCACUGGUACUAGUAAGGUCCCUCUGAAUGGUUUCAAGGACCUUGAGGGGAUGCAGGGGAACACACUGUUCAGCAUUCACAAGGAUCCAAGCCAAUCUCGCCUUCCGACAAGCCACACUUGCUUCAAUCAACUCGACCUCCCCGCUUAUGAUGACUAUGAAACACUGAAGAAUAACGUGAUGAAAGCGAUUAGUCUCGGUGCCGACUAUUUCGGUUUUGCUUGA